GCGACGGUCCUAUUGCCGUCUUCCUCAUCCGAACGUGGCCGGCACAUCCCCCGCGGAGGCCGCGACCAGCCUGUUCGUGUGUGUGGCGGCGGCGCCAGAUCCGGCAUCCCUCGGGUACCCCGCCGCCGGAUCUGACCUCGCUCGGGAAGGUAGGCGCGGACGCAAGAAAGAGCAUUUCCCGCGCGUUGGCUCUAAGGCACAACGGCCGCUCGUUGGUGGAGGCACGACGGGUCACCGUGGGUGUGCUCGGCGGGUGGCCGACGGCGUUCGCGAAGAGGACCGCCGAGGAGAUCAUACCCCCUCCUUAUCGUCGUUUGCUGCGAAAAUGUGAUGUAUACACCUUGAGGCUGCUGCAGUAGGAGGGGCAGGUAUGGAUCAUGUUUGUGAACAGGUCAAGGAGGCCCAGUGGCCAGGUAAAGCACAUAACCAUCCUUGAUUAAAUGGUCAUCUCACAAGCGUGUACAUGUUUGAAGUGUGAUAGCCUUUUGCUGAUCCUCUUGGUGCGGACGCAUGCUUUCAUUCGUUAUAUUUUUGGAAGUGACCAUUUUAUCUGAUGCGGAGAUAAUCUCAAAUUUAAGGGUGCAAAAUGCUUGUUUGGUAGCCUAAAUUGAUAAAAAUAUUUUCUUUUUAGACUUAAGAGAUGUAAUUUGAAGGCCAGACGACAUUUCCCCUCAGGCACUCAUUUCGAUAUAAGCCUCAAAAUUCUAUUCACUACAGAUUUAUAGAUAUGUUUAUGGAUGCAGUGGCACAAAGCUGCAAAUUUUAUUGAAUACUGUGGCCAUUUGUGUCCUGUGGAAAAACAAAUUGUCCAGAUUCAUAUUACAGGAAGUUUUUUGCGUUUGUUGCGAAGGUCUCAGGUGAUCAUUACUUUGAACGAAAGUCAUUUGUAAGCACAAUAUAUCCCUAGAAAGUCGUUCUGUGUUGGUUGAUGAGGGAUGUUGUUACUGGCCUAUCUUAGCUAUCUCCUGCUCUUCUAGUUCAUUGACCUUGUGGUCUCCUUUACAUGUUUUCUCGGUUAACAUGACUGCCAUUUCUGUAAUAGGAAGGUGAUGUAACCAUCCUUGAUUCAAACAUCACAUGUUAGAUUUAUAGCAUGCUGAGAUAUUAGAAAAAUAAGAUACUAGUACAUUGAAAGGCCGACAAAAGAAAAUUCCAGCACAGAAGCCACCAGCAGGAGACCAUUUCAGUCUUCUAUUCACAGUGAUGUAGGGUGUUGUAGUCAACUACUCACAGUUGAUCUAGACAAUGCUUCAAGAAAACGAUGACCAAGUAAAACUAUAAAAGAUUAAAAUCUAUCAUACCUCAUAAGAUGAAGGACAAGGGUAGGUGCGGAUUGGGAAAUAGUAAGCCCAGCUGGUGAAUUGACACUAGCCAUUAGCCACUAGCUUGGUGCCACUGCAAUACUCAUAUAUGCAAAUUCAUCCCUUUUCUUCUCAUGCAUGAAUCUUCAUGUCCGCGUGGUAAUGGGUUGCGACUUGGAACCACCGUCCGUGCAUUGCAGUGACUUGGUAGAGACGGAAAAUAUGAAAUAAUAAUAAUUACUACUCGGUCAUCAGAUUACAUAGCAGCCUUAACUACCUGGCAAAAAACGUAUCUGCUACCACACCUCUUUAAAGAAAAAAGUGUGCUUUAGAGAUACUCAAACGAAAUUUGUGGAGUUGAUGCAGAAUAACUUAAUCAGCACGUUACAGCAGCCAGAGACCAUUUCCAUCCAUUGGUCUCUUCUACUGGACUCCUUCCUUCUGCUGCUCAUAUGGUUACAAUGCUUUUGGCACCUAUAUAAGCAUCCACCCCCUGCAUCUUCAAAGCACCAGCCACCUUUAAACACACAAGUAGCAACACAAGAGAAACAGAACCAAAACGUCUAAAACCAAAUGACCUCCUCUUCUUCUUUUCUUGUCUUUGCUGCUCUUCUUGCGUUGGUCUCAUGGCAGGCCAAAGCUUCCGACCCUAGCCCACUCCAAGACUUCUGUGUUGUCGAUAAGAACUCCCCAGUGCUUGUCAAUGGGUUUGUUUGCAAGAACCCGAUGGAUGUCAAUGCAGAUGACUUCUUCAAGGCAGCCAACCUUGACAAGCCUAGGGUAACCAACAAGGUUGGAUCCAACGUCACCUUGAUCAACGUCAUGCAGAUCGGUGGCCUCAACACUCUAGGUAUCUCACUGGCGCGUAUUGACUAUGCACCCUUAGGUCAGAACCCACCACACACACAUCCUCGUGCCACCGAGAUCUUGACAGUGCUUGAGGGGACAUUAUAUGUUGGCUUUGUCACAUCCAAUCCGGAAAACAAGUUCCUCUCUAAGGUGCUCAACAAAGGAGAUGUGUUUGUGUUCCCUGUGGGGCUCAUCCACUUCCAGUUUAACCCCAACCCCUACAAGCCAGCGGUUGCAAUUGCGGCACUCAGUAGCCAGAACCCAGGGGCUAUCACCAUUGCCAAUGCAGUGUUUGGAUCGAAGCCACCGAUCUCAGAUGAUGUUCUUGCCAAGGCGUUUCAGGUGGAGAAAAAUACAAUAGAUUGGCUCCAGGCUCAGUUCUGGGAGAACAACCACUACUAAGUCAGACCUUGGUUGUUUGUCGACUUCAUGGAAGAUCUACAUUUGAAGUGUGCAAAUUUAUUUCUUUUGUUUCUAGCUUAUAUGUAUCUUAAGCAAUAAAAUAAAUGGUACAUAUGCCAUUCUAGUGUAUGUCUCUGUGAGGCAUGAAUGUAUUUAUACCUUUUCAAUACUUGCUAGUAUUGUUUUUUUGUCAGACUUGCAUCAUA